CGCAGUAUCAUUUCCACUGGUGCGAGUGUGGGGUGCGCUUCGUUUCUCCGUUUCACCGUUCCUAGCGUUCGCGAUAGCUUUUCCUGUCGCGUCUUUUUGCUCGGUGGUUGUUUCAUCAAAGUUAAUAGCAACAUAGAAUUAAUAGAAUACUCGAAUUUCGCAGUGACCUCGAGAGAAUCGGCCUUUGCCGAUCUCUUUGAAAAUAAAAACGGACAAGAUCAAUCGCCCGAUCGGCGGAGCAAUGUCGUUCGAUGAUCCACUGACUUUUCGACGUGGUGUGUUUACUAGUUGGUGGAUGUUACAGUGAGUCAGACGGUGUCCCGUGGGUAUAUUGUCAAAUUGGCUGUGAGUGAAUGUUCUGAGAAUCGAGAGGACGAGAAAAGAGAGAAUGAGACGAGAGACAGCCGAAGGAGAAGCUGCCAGCCGCGAAUUGGGUUACGUCCCGUUCGCCUGGCAACGAUAUAUGACGCAACGGCCACCCUUCGCUGGUACCGAGGGUCCUCGUGAUCUUUACGUUCCUCUUUAACUGGCGACAGGACUUUUAACUGAAUCUCUCAUCCGAGACACGCGAAAAACGAAAACCGCGGUGCGUUCCAUGCGAUCAGACAUCCCCGCCCCGCCGACUCGAUUGCGCAGCCAGUUUUGGAGGUUAACCGAUCACGAUUAAGAAACUUCAACGAAAGCGACACUCGCUAACCGAGCCGGAUCAGCUGUUCCCGAGGACGACCCCUCGACCAUCAUCGGUAGACCAAAUGCUAGUCCAACAGGCGACUUUCCUGAAAAGCAUCGUCUCGAGAGCUUCUUGGUACGAGCGUGAACGGCGAGAGGACGAUGUUGUCGUAUAUGCUUCCAACGGAGGACAAGCCACCGCCGGGAGACUCGAGUCAAGGCAACUUUCGUGCUAACAAGUUGCAGAAGAGUCCGAAAGAACGUUCGUUCGCCACGAGGCCACCGCCUGGGAACGUAAUCACCGUUUCACCGAAAAAGUACACCGACACCGCCAGAACCAUGAUCGUCUCGAAGAUCGACGAGCAUGGUAGCGAUCAACGGGUCCAGGACGAACAACAACAUCCGAUGACCAGCGAAAGUCCGAAGCAUAACGGAACCGUGGUGAAAAAAUCGACUUUACACGCGUCGAAAGUUGCCAAGGAUGACAGCCUGUACAGCAUAAACAGCGAUGCUAGCACCGUUGGUAGCGAUCGAAAGAAUAAAAUCUUCAACGGGGCGAAGCACACUAGUCUGAAAAGAGUUUCCUUCGGUUCGAGCAAAGGAUCGAUGGUAGAAACUCUGGUAUACGAGACACCUGUUCAAGAAGAGCCAGAGAUCAAUCGUUUCUUGGACCACAAUGGACGCGUGCCCUCGAUAAUCACUCCUGUACCUGAUACCGACGAAGGUAGGGAAAUGGUACGCGUCUCAUUGCUAGGUCCACAACCUUCACCGACAACACCCGGCGUAUUUCAGGUGCAGCCUAUCGCGAUAUCGAGGAUUCAACCGAUCGACAUGGACCCCGUUCCAGCCGAACUCCUGACCACGCACACCGAACACACGGCUCCUGCUUAUCACACGCAAAUCAGCACGGAUAGUGGUUGGGAUAAUCCAUUCAGACCCGAUGGCGACCUUUCGAGGGAAGCCGACGAGAUAGUGGAAUUGAUAAAAGGUGGAAAACCUAUCACACCGACCCCUGGACAAACAGCUCCGCCGUUGCCAGGAUGCGAGGCGGUAACCAGCAACGCGCAAACCACCCUCGACCACGAUUCGUGUUCCAGCCCUUUACUGAAAUCAUCGGCGAACUCGACGAAUCGACAUGCAAACUCGUCGCCGAAACCUGGCCAAGAAAACGGAAACGCCCAUAGCACUCCGAUGAAAGGUGCAACCGCGAACAAGCAGCAGCCUGUCAACGAAAAGGUUGCCCCGUCGUCGAGAGCAGCUACAGUUGAAGUAGCUAGAAUGACGGCACAGGGACCAGGCGACGCUUCGCAGGUCGAACACGUCACCCUGAAGAAGAAGCCUAAAUGUAAAUGUUGUGUUCUGCAGUAAUAGACGAAAGCUUCUCUAAACUAUGUCGCACGGAAUAUCCCAACCAACUCGGCCGACGAUUUUCCGUCGUUGAAAAUGGAUCGCGACUUCUAACGUCAACGAUCGUUGUCUGUCGGUUCGCCUUUCUCAAGAUAUUCUUGCUUAACACGGCGACGAGCGUUGCGUGGAAAACGCAAUGCUUCCUAUUCCUAUCCCUGUGAAGAAACGACAAGAAAAGUCGCGUUUUCUCUUUUGAAUACACGAAUUUGCGAGAGAGAAGGAUACCGUGUACGAGAAAAGUCAUUUCGACGAAUUACUGGGAUUCAUCGUCGAUCAAAAAAUCGACGUAACAGUGAAGAAGGAUACCUGAUCAUGCGUAAGCAAAGAAAAAAAAAAAAAACAAUGAAAAGCACCGAGCCUCUUGAUAGCCUUUCAGAGACAGUGAAGGAGUGUCUAUAAAGUUAACACAGACUAUAUUAAAAAGGAGAGAAUAAGAAACAAAAAAAAAUAUAUAUAUAAAUAUACAUAAAACUCUAUAUUGUAGAUACAGAAAUGGUAGUUGUAUAGCUUAUAAUGCUUUUACUAUUGUGGUUAAUUACUGUCAAAAUUACCGUGAUUUCAAGAAUGACCGAUGACGCGAGCGUGAAAGUCCGCAGCAAGUUGCACACAAGAAUUAUGUUUCAAACUUUAUCAAAAGUUAACAGAAGGGGGGGGGGGGGAAAUGCUACUAUACUUCGUUGGACAUCGAUCUGUAUGUAAUACCAAUAGAUUCGUAGACUCUCGUUUUUACUAAAACUCAAAUCUCUAUAUGCAACUUUUACGAAAUUUUUUAACGUUAAAAAAAAAAAGAAAAUGUAGAGAAGGGUACGCGUGGAUCGUGUGGCGCGAGACUCUAUACGAAAAGAAACUUCAGGUCUCUGUAUUUUUUCGACAAAUCAGAGUACUAAUUGUCCGUUAUGAUCGCUUUUUCUCUUUGGUCGCUUUAUAUUUUCUACACCUCGCAUCGAAAUAAACGCAAGAUAAGAUGAUGAUGAUUUAUAUGUAAAUUAGGCGAGCUGGCGCUCAACAGUCCAACCGCGUGGGUAACUAUUCAGGAUCGUCGUACGAGAUUGUGUAAAUAUCGUGAUAUUUUUUGAAUUGUACGCGUGUGAUUGACGGCGAUCCGAGCUGUUCAGACAGGAAAGAAACGGAUAAGAGACGAUUUUUCCUCUGUGCUCUACGUGAAAACAACUUCUCGAUUGCUGCAGUGGCACAAAGAAACGCGUCGACGCAAGGGAGAAUCAGCGCGCUUGUAAAUGUCGACGCACGAACGAUCAAUUUUUAAGGAGAAAUGUUUUUAAUCUGAUGACUAGACUUACGGAUGUUUAUGUAUUUAUGAUGUAUCGAGAAAUAUAGAAAGAUAUAUUCAAGAUGCGUGGUACGUAUAAGAAAAGAAAAUGUGGAAAAAGCUGGGAAAUAAAAUGAUACUUUUAGAUCCCUUUGCUACGAAGGAGUUAACAGAAGAAAACCCCUUAAUGAUGCUUAUUUAUGAUCCAAAUGAUGGAUCACAAACCUCAAAUUACGGUAGAGAACGUGUUAAAAGACAGAAUAUAAAAAUUCCAUAUUUUCAUAGACAUCCGCAGUCUAUCAGUGACCGCGUUUACACGUACGACGAUUAUUAUUUAUUGCUUCUCUGCCAAACGCGUUUUUAUUUCAAUACGUCCUUUUCGCAGCUUGAUCGAUUUUUAUUGUUCUAUUUAAUCGUGUAUUGUACAUGGCGUAAAAUUAAAAUGAAAUGCGGUUAAACGCGCCUGUUCAUGAGAAAGAGAUUUACGACGUACAUAUAUUUGCAAUCAUUGUUGAUGUUCGUCGAAAAGUGAAACCGUUGAUCGGUUCCGCUCGUAAUUAACUAUUGUAAGAAAGUUUUGAGUAUCGCGUAGUUUUUCCGCUCUCCUUUCUUCGUUGCGGUAACGAUUGAAAAAUUCGAGUUGCGUGUUGCCGAAGAAAGGAAGAGAAGAAAUGAAGUAACGCGAGUUUGUUUUAAAUGCGCGAAUGAUUCGAGUGUUUGCCUGUACGAGUGCCUGUAUUAUUUUUUAAUACACAUAUCCGCGUAUUUUUCCUAGAUCGCCGGGGCAGAAAACACAGAUAUUUAUGAAAUUACGCAGCGAUAAUAGUUGGGGUGACGGAUGUGUUUGGAUUACCAAGAGUAAGAGUGAGAGAGAAAGGAGGCAAACCUUUAUUUUCAUUCAUUGUACGCAGCUGCAAUGUAUGUACGGUACAGAGUGUAAUAUAAAGUUGUAAGUAAUAGAA